CUCAAAUUUCGGGCUUUCAUCGUGGAUCAUGGCCUAAGAGCUGGCAGUAGUGCAGAAGCAGAGGCUGUAUCAAAAAUCUUAGAAGAACGAGACAUCGAGACCCAGAUCUUGAAGAUCAAAUGGCCUAGGCUCGGCGAUCCGGCGAGUCUGCCAAAUUUUGAGUCUUUAGCCAGAAAAUAUCGUUUCCGCUUGCUUGGUAGAGCUUGUAGUGACCUAGGAAUCGACUCAUUGCUUCUAGGUCAUCACGAAGAUGAUCAAGCUGAGACUAUUUUGAUGAGACUCGCCAAUGGCCAAGGCACGAGGGGUCUAGUUGGAAUUAAAAGUCCGGCUGGUAUACCAGAAUGCUACGGCAUCCAUGGAGUCUAUGAGAGCGGCGGAUAUGACAACACUCCAGGAGGAAACAUUGACCAAUGGAAGAGGUCGGUGCCCGCGACCUUCAGCUGGUCUUGGUCAGACUACUCCACAGCAACCCAAUUUCCCAUUGAAAGUGGCGGAAUCCAAAUCUACAGACCCUUCUUGAACUUCAGUAAGCCUCGUUUGAUUGCAACAUGCAUCACGGAGAACAUGGAAUGGUUCGAGGAUCACUCCAAUAUCGAGCCCACUACCACUAUGAGAAAUGCAAUUAGGCAUAUUUAUGCCAAUCACUCCAUGCCUGCUGCUCUCACAAAGCCUGCACUUCUGGCUCUGUCGGCGAAGCUGAAUGGCCAACAGGCUAAUCGAUUCGACAUCAUGAAAUCAUGGCUUGCGAAAUGCAAAAUUACUCAUUUCGAAACUCGUAUUGGGACUGUCAAAGUUCGUUUUGCCAACUUAAACCAGUUUCGAGGUCCUGGAAUUGUGUGGCCGCCUCCAGGUGCUGGCCUGAUCGCAGCUGAGCUACUUCGUGAAAUCAUCCAGCUGGUGACGCCUCGAGACCAUGUUGAUUUAAGCUCUCUGCACAGUGCCGUGCAACACACAUUUCCAGAAAUCUCACAACAGGGCGAGCGGAUGCCUCAAAAUACUGCAUUUACUGCUUCUGAGGUCUAUUUUCAGCCUGUGCUGGCGAACCCCUCCAGAGGUCCAUCCCCCAAGGCCACAAACCAGAAGACAGAAUGGAUCCUCUCGCGUCAACCUUACCUGUCAAGAAGACUUCCAAAACUUCAGUUUGCUGUUCUAGCCACUCCAGGUUCCUGGUCCCCUUGGCACUUAUAUGAUGGCCGUUACUGGAUCCGAGUCCAGAAUCGCAGCACGGGAUCUCUCUUCAUGCAACCGUUCAGGCAGGAGCAGCUUGCCGACUUCCGAGCUUCGCUUAAGAAACCUGAUGGAACUCUAUUAACAGGAGAUCUAAGGAGGAAGGCGCCUGGUAAUAUUAGGUGGACCUUACCCACGAUUAUGAGGAAGGAAGAGGAUGGGAAGGAAACGCUGAUCGCCCUGCCUUCACUAGGCCUCAGUAUACCUGGAAGUAUGCUGAGAUGGGAGAUGAGAUACAAAAAGAUAUGUACCGAUCUGAUU